AUGAAGUGUGUUCUUGAUGCUCUUUUCCCCUCGGUGCUUGGUGGGACAUGUGCCAUUCCUUGUGCAUUCGGCUGUGGGAAAAAUGUUAUUAGCCAAGCUCUAUCCAAGUAUUCAAAUUCGAACACUGUCGUUUAUGUUGGUUGUGGAGAGAGAGGAAAUGAAAUGGCAGAAGUUCUCAUGGAAUUUCCCCAAUUGACUAUGACAUUGCCUGACGGUCGUGAAGAAUCUGUCAUGAAACGUACUACACUUGUCGCUAACACUUCAAACAUGCCUGUGGCCGCUCGUGAGGCUUCAAUCUAUACAGCAAGUUUUCAUAUUCUUUUAGCCGUUUUGACCGUCGUACGCCCCAAGGCCCAAGACAUCGAUUCAAUCUCCAUGGUGAGAUUCAUCGUUCAAAACCAUAAUGUGUUGCCUUCAUCUCAAUGGAAGUCAAAACUCAAAAUAGCAAAAAGGUGAGAAAGUCAAAAUGCCUGAAUGGUCUUGAMUGAAGGUUUGUUGAUCUUCUUUAGCUUAGCUCUGACUCUCCUUAGCUUCUUCAACUCUUCCAUUGGGCUGAAUCUUGUUUG